UGCAAUAAGUCUCCUCCCUUGGACUCCUUGCCCCCUGGAAACCAUUUAUCCGCUUUUGCAUUUUCCAGAACUUCACAUAAAGAGAGUGACAGGCUCGGUUUUGGGCAGCGAGCGGGAGGAGUCGGAGGCGGCGGCAGUGGUGGCAGCGACACAGGGCAGGAAAGGGCAGGCCGGGCGAGCAGGCAGACCGGCCGACCAGACAGCCGGCCGGCAGCAGCGAGCUAACCUAGCAGCCUAGCGCGUACACCUCUGACCAACCGCCCACCAAGUCAAGUCAGGUUCCGCCGGGCCCCGGCCCGCGCGCCGCAGCCGUGGUGGCAGCCCCGGGAGGCGCACUGGCGUCCGUUUCCUUCGAUCCGCGGGAUUUGAAGAUGGCUGCUCAGGCGGCGCCGAAAGUUGUGCUAAAGAGCACCACCAAGAUGUCUCUCAAUGAGCGCUUUACUAAUAUGCUGAAGAACAAACAGCCGAUGCCAGUGAAUAUUCGGGCUUCGAUGCAGCAACAACAGCAGCUAGCCAGUGCCAGAAACAGAAGACUGGCCCAGCAGAUGGAGAAUAGACCCUCUGUCCAGGCAGCAUUAAAACUUAAGCAGAAGAGCUUAAAGCAGCGCCUGGGUAAGAGUAACAUCCAGGCACGGUUAGGCCGACCCAUAGGGACCCUGGCCAGGGGAGCAAUCGGAGGACGAGGCCUACCCAUAAUCCAGAGAGGCUUACCCCGAGGAGGACUCCGUGGGGGACGUGCCACCAGAACCCUGCUUAGGGGCGGGAUGUCGCUCCGAGGUCGGGGGAUGAUAGGUCGGGGAAGAGGGGGCUUUGGAGGUCGAGGCCGAGGCCGUGGACGAGGGAGAGGUGCCCUCACUCGCCCUGUACUGACCAAGGAGCAGCUGGACAACCAGUUGGAUGCGUACAUGUCGAAAACAAAAGGACACCUGGAUGCCGAGUUGGAUGCCUACAUGGCACAAACAGAUCCAGAAACUAAUGAUUGAAACCUGCCCGCCCUCCUGUGAGAGACUCUUGUUCAAAAGUCACCACAUCUGUAAAUACCCUUGAGAUAACAGAUGGAGAAGAAGCCUGAACGAUGCUGGAAGGACCUAUCACGAUAGGCCAUGGACUUAACUUGCCACCAGUUUGUGCAUUUAGUGUGUUCCUUUUUUGAUACUGUGUUGUAUGAAACCCCUUUUUCCUCUGACGCGGGUUUUGUUUUGUUGUGUUUGGGGUUUUUACCCCCAUCGCUCUGACUUCUCUUUGAACAUGAAUGUGGCGGACUCGUGGCUAGAACACCCUCUUCUCGUCUCUGUGUCCGUGUGAAAAAAGUCCCAGAAAGAGCCCAUCAGUGUUCCUUCCUGAUGGCCUAGGUUCUGUUCUACGUGACCUUUAAUAGCCUCUUAGAAGUGUUUAGAAAACGUGCAGCUCAGAAAUGAAUUCUGCCGCACUAAUUCAUCAGUGUAGUAAAUUAGGGACACUGACAUAGCCACAGGUCCACAUAACAGGUUACACAUGGUAACACCUGAUUUGAUUAAAGUCACUUCUCUGUACAUUGACACCACA